AUGGCUGGCAAAGACAUUUUCAACGUCGAAGUGUUCUUCAUUGUGUUUCGUGAAGCUUUAGAAGCUAUUAUCGUUUGUUCGGUGCUUCUUGCUUUCCUUCAAAGAUCUUUUUCAUCCAAUACCGAUGCAAGAGUUUAUAAGAGCCUUAGAAAACAAGUGUGGCUAGGGAUGGCUGCAGGGAUCCUUGUUUGUUUUAUUCUUGGUGGGGCUUUCAUUGGGGUUUUCUACACUAUUGGUUCAGAUAUCUGGUCCAAAUCUGAAGAUCUUUGGGAAGGUAUUUUCUGUCUUAUUGCUACUAUUGUUAUCUCAUUCAUGGGUAUUCCAAUGCUUAGAAUCCAAAAGAUGCAAGACAAAUGGAGAGUCAAGUUGGCUAAGUCUUUGCUCGAAGACCCUCACAAAGAAAAGGGCUGGAAACGUUUCAUUAAGAUUGGCUACUACACCAAGAGAUACGUGAUGUUUGUGUUGCCAUUCAUCACUUGUCUUCGUGAAGGUUUGGAAGCCGUUGUUUUCGUUGGUGGUGUCGGUCUUACUCUGACUGGUUCCAAUAGAGCCACUGGUUUCCCACUUCCUGUUGUCUGUGGUUUGAUUUGUGGUAUUGCUGUUGGUUAUGCUAUGUUCUACUUUGGUAAAUCUGCUUCUAUGCAAGUUUUCCUUGUCUUCUCCACCGCAGUGCUUUACCUCAUUUCCGCAUCUCUUUUCUCUCGUGCUGCUUGGUACUUCACCAACUACCAAUUUAACAAAGCCACUGGUGGUGAUGCCUCCGAAUCUGGUUCUGGUCCUGGCUCUUAUGAUGUCACCAAGGCCGUCUACCAUGUCAAUUGCUGUAACCCUGAAAUUGAUAACGGUUGGGAUAUUUUCAACGCUAUUCUCGGAUGGCAAAACACCGGUUACUACAGUUCUGUCAUUUGUUACAACAUUUACUGGCUUGUCAUGAUUGUUGUCCUUGGCUUGAUGUGGUAUGAAGAACGUUUCGGACACUUGCCAGGGACUAAGGAUACCCACUUGAGAGAUUUGAACCCAAUGUUCCAACUUAAGAAGAAGUUUGGUGUUGUCUCUGAUUUGAGCGAAGCCGAAGCUGAAGCUUUAGUCGAAAAGGUUCAUAAAGUCAAAUAUAACGAGAAUGGGGAAUUGAUUGUCGAGGAAGAAUCCCAAGAAAAGGAAGUUGAAGAAAAAUCAGCUGAACUCAAGCAGGUCCAAAACGUAAACGUUGAAGCCAAAUAA